AGAUGGCGGACUACGACUUGACAACCAAGAUAGCUCAUUUUCUUGACCGGCAUUUGGUUUUUCCUCUUUUGGAAUUCCUGUCCGUGAAAGAGAUCUACAAAGAAAAGGAACUUCUUCAGGGGAAGCUGGAUCUCCUCAGCGAGACCAACAUGGUGGAUUUCGCCAUGGACGUGUACAAAAACUUGUACCCGAACAAGGAAAUCCCACACUCUCUGAGGGAGAAGAGGAGUACUGUCAUGGUCCAACUGAAGCAGCUCCAGUCGGAGACGGAGCCAAUCGUCAAGAUGUUUGAAGACCCAGAGACGACAAGAGAUGGACGGAUGCUCUUCGACUACCUUUCAGAAAAACACAAUUUUCGACAAGAAUACCUGGACACGCUGUACAGGUACGCCAAAUUCCAGUACGAGUGCGGUAACUACUCUGGGGCUGCAGAAUACCUCUAUUUCUUUCGUGUCUUGGUUCCCUCUACAGACAGGAAGGCCUUGAGCUCUCUGUGGGGGAAACUGGCCUCUGAGAUCCUGAUGCAGAACUGGGAAGCAGCCAUGGAGGAUCUCACCCGACUAAGGGAGACUAUCGAUAACAAUUCCGUGAGCUCUCCUCUCCAGUCACUCCAACAGAGGACCUGGCUCAUCCAUUGGUCCCUCUUUGUGUUCUUCAACCACCCUAAAGGAAGGGACAACAUCAUCGAGCUCUUCCUCUAUCAGCCUCAGUACCUGAAUGCGAUCCAGACAAUGUGCCCGCACAUCCUGCGAUACCUCACAACCGCAGUCAUCGCCAACAAAGAUGUACGGAAGCGCCGACAAGUGCUCAAGGACUCGGUGAAAGUCAUUCAACAGGAGUCGUACACAUACGAGGACCCAAUCACAGAGUUUGUGGAGUGUCUCUAUGUGAACUUCGACUUUGACGGCGCCCAGAAGAAGGGAGUGCGAGUCGGUGAGGUUCUCGUGAACGACUUCUUCCUGGUCGCUUGCCUCGAGGAUUUCAUCGAGAAUGCCCGCCUCUUCAUCUUUGAGACCUUUUGUCGGAUUCAUCAGUGUAUCAGCAUCAGCUCUCUGGCAGACAAGCUCAACAUGACGCCGGAGGAGGCGGAGAGGUGGAUCGUCAACCUCAUCCGUAAUGCCAGACUCGAUGCCAAGAUCGACUCCAAACUGGGUCACGUGGUGAUGGGUAACAACGCGCUGUCGCCGUACCAGCAGGUGAUUGAGAAGACCAAGAGCCUCUCCUUCCGUAGCCAGAUGUUGGCAAUGAACAUCGAGAAGAAAGUGGCCCACAGCAACCGGAACGAGACACCAAACUGGGCUGCUCAAGACUGGCUUUUAUUAAAAUGGGAAUCGGCUUCAAGAGGAUGCAGAUGGCUCUACUGGAUGUGAUUUAUGCUUUUAACUGAAUCUCUUUUAUUUAUUUAUAAAUUAUUUAUUUAUUUUAUUUGUAUGAUUUACUCAUCAGAUUAGCAACUGUUUAACUGGCAGCAUGACGUCUGCAUUGUGAAUUGUCUGAGAGGACGCAGCAAGACUGGAUCAAGACGUCGUCAUCGAGGUAUUAUUUAUUAUGAGGACACGCUCUUCAUCAUGACUUAUAUUUAUUCUGGUAUUAAGCGUUGAUUUCUAAAGUUUUCACCCAAACUUUGUUUUAUCGAUCCGACCGGAUAUUAACAUUAAACACUUUUUGCCUCUUCA